GUUGACGUUUGUAAAGUCGAAAGUGCAAGGACAAAAAGUCGUCGAAAAUUUGGUGGUCGCUGGUCGGCUGUUUAUUGUUUACAUUCCUUUUAGAACAAAAUAAAUCCAUACAAAAUGAGUGUUAAAAAACUAUUGUGGAAAGAAUCGGCAAGUCUUAUAGUGCUAGCAAAUAAUAGAGCUUUAAGAAAACCAUAUAAUUACGAUGUGUUAAUGCUUAAACGUUCGGAAAGAACUUCUUUGAGGCCAAAUCAUGUUGUCUUUCCUGGUGGUAUAAAGGAAUCUAUGGAUGAGUCCCCGCGCUGGAUAAAUUAUUUUAAAAAGAUUGGAAUCGAUGACAAACUCUUACGUGAUCUUACAGUUGUCAAUGGGCAACGACCUGGAAUUUUCAGAAAGACUAGUCCUAAUUCUAUCGAAAAGGAAAUCGCAUUGCGUAUUACUGCUAUCCGAGAAACAUUUGAAGAAGUUGGAUUGUUUUUGUGUCGAGGGAAAAAUAACAUCAACAAUAAAAAAGAAUUCGGAGAAUUUACUGAAGAUUUCGACAGGAAACAUUGGCAGCACGAAAUACAUAAUGACCCUUCAAAGUUUUUAAAUAUGUGCGAAACACUAAAUGUGGUUCCAGAUUUGUGGAGUUUAUAUGAAUGGUCUGUGUGGUUAACUCCGGCAUCAGAUAAAAAAAGAUUUGAAACAGCAUUUUACUUGGUAGCCGUAGACGAUAAGCCAAAUUUAAUAUGUGAAGAACAAGAAGUGAAUGAAGUUUUGUGGAAAAAUCCAAAGGAAUAUUUUCAAUCUUACCAGAGUGCCGAUGUUUGGUUGCAACCACCACAGAUUUAUGAACUCUCGCGACUAGCUGGUAUAAGUGAAAUAGAGAAGGUCCAGAAAUUUGCUUCGGAAAGAAAUUCAAAAGGCUUGACACUUUUUCUUCCAGUGAAACACAAAUGUAAAAAUGGUUUAGUUGGAAUACUUCCAGGUGACGAUUAUUAUCCCGAAAACCCCAACGCCUUUACAGAAAUUAGAGAAGUAAAUGAAAAUGUAGAUCAAUACUGCUCACCUGUGAAAAGAUGUCAUCGGAUAAUUACUGGCAACAACGAAUGCAGAGCUAUUUUAAACUUUCAGCCUUUCGAUGGCCAUUUAAAUCCAUUGGACAUGAAGAAUAUAGUUAGUAAACUGUGAUUAGUCCCUCUUUCGGUUACUAUUAUACAAAUUAAACAAUAAAAACAAAUAUUUUUUUA